AUGGACGCUUCGACUCUGUUCUCGACUCUAGUAGCAGAAAGGGAAUUCUCCUCGGUCACGGAUUUCGUUGUAGCCUUGGACAAGUAUAAAUGCCUAACUGGAUUCGAUUUUGCAAUCACAUUCGUCGACCAGCAUCUGUCACCAGCGGACGCUGGGAAGCCACAGCGGAGGGGGUUCUCGUUUGAGUACACUUGCAAGGGUCCUUCCUGCACUGCUGGAUUUAAGUUGAUACCGCGCAAGUCCAUUCUGCGCGUGAUUGAUUGUGAUACCAAACAUAAUCACCCCAUGUUACUCACUCAUGCUCCACGGACGGUGCAAAAGUCAGCUUCAAGAAGUCCACUUCCACCUCCUCAGCAAGAUCAGUCUGUGUCGGUGAACUCAUCUGCUCCGUCUCUGGACACCAUGCUGACAGGCGGUGCCACUGAGAGUGCACUUUCUGCCCCUCGACCCAAUCCCACCUCCACGACCCAGGCGCCUCCUGACGCGACCGUCACCGCAGCCUCGCAUCUCCCAUCGCAGCAGCAGCAGCAGCAGCCGCCGCCGAUUCAGCCACGGCGGGUGCGCGAUGAACUGGACCCCGCCCCGCACCACACUGCUGCCGACAUCCGUGUGUUGGAGAUUCUCAAGCGGAUUCGCGACUCUGGCGGCGUCGGUGAUGACGACCUCGAUCCUCCUCCGCCCAAACGGAAACCCGGACGUACGCGAUCGGAAAAAUCGACGCCAGCAAGACCUCCGCCGACAGUGUUGCCGCAGCCACAACCAACCACAGUUGAUUCCUCCCUGUCAAAGACGACCUCCCGACUGGAGACGCUUCGACCGAGGGCGAGCGCUGUUAAUGCUGCUGCUUCCUCCUCCUCCGCCGCCGCCGCCGCCGCCGCCGCAACGCCCUCACAACUGAAGAACGGCCUCGGGGCGAGCUCCACCGUGGUGCUCGCGACCACCAACGGGACCCCUGGGGGUCUGGUAGCCACUCCUGUGGUAGCCCAUCAGCCGGCCACUGCUGCCAACACCCCUGCCAUUGCUGUUUUGCAACAAAAGCACCCCCAACAGCAACAACAACAGCAAUUUGGCUUGGAGAUCAUUCUUCCGAACGGACUUCGAAUUCCUGUCUCUGCGACCUGUGCCCAAGCCGAGCCAAAGCCGGAUUCGUUGUCGACGCGACCGCCACCCACCACCACCACCGCCGCCGCCACUGCCACCACCACGUCGCCGACAACGACGACAGCGGAGAAGCCGACGAACAAGUCGCCGAGCGAGAAGUCUGCGUCCGCGCAGCAGAUCUGCUCGUGCAGCCGAUCCAAGUGUCUCAAACUCUACUGCGACUGCUUCGCGGCGGGGCGAGCGUGCGGCGACAGCUGUAACUGCCGCCAUUGCUACAACAACCUCGCCGACGACGUCUCCAAACAGACCCGGGACGUGGCGAUGCGCACCGCUCUCUCACGCAAUCCGCUCGCCUUCAAGCCCAAAAUCGGUGAGUUGUGCUCGCCCUUGACUGCUGGACCGUGGGUCAAGCCAUAUCUCCCCCGCUUUUUGUUGAAUACCGCGCUGUGCGAGGUUGCUGAUGCUGUUUCUCCUCCUUCUUCUCCAGAAAACUCGGGAAAGCAUGUUCUUGGAUGUCGGUGCAAACGGUCGCACUGCAUGAAGGGCUACUGCGAAUGCUACCUUGCGAGGAUACCCUGUAAUCAGCGGUGUCGAUGCCUUGGCUGUUCGAAUGAGGAGAACACUCCCAACUCUGCUACUACCGUCAACACCGCCGCCGCCACUACUGCCACCACCAACGCCACUCCCGUGAAAAGCGUCGAGGUGAACAAUCACCAGAUAUCCUGGCUUGCGUCGCUGGCCGCACGCCAGCAGAUUGUGACGUCGGCUGCUACAAACGCCACGGUUUCUGUGCCGGCAACUCUUGCUGGCGCGACUCGGACAAUCACGCUGAAUGUCCCCAUCAAGGCACUCACCACCGCCAACGGCACUGGAUUGAACCAGCAAGCGCAGAGGCAAAUGGCGACAUCCACCCCGGACAUACAAUCACUCCUUCUUCAACCCUCCUACAUCACAGCUCCUGCAACUACAACAACGCUGUCCGGACACGACUUGUUGAAGUGUCUCAACACCGUCCUACCGGCUCAACAACCACAGCAGUUCCUUCUUCCCAACGUCAUUCAAAGCGGCCGUCACCCUGCUGCCACCAUCACCACAACCAACGCCACCGUCGUUGUUGAUGCGUCCACGUCGAAGCUCUCGGUGCUGCACCCAAAGCCAGUGGAGAAGCCAGAAGAUGACAUCGGCGGCGGCUGCGGUUCGGAUCAGUCGAUUCCACUCGUGUCGCUCUCCGCCGCUUCUGCUGAGGCGGCGGAAUCGGCAGGGGAGGAGGAGGAGGCGCUGAACGUCGCGGAGCCCGAUGCGAUGGCUGCCAACGAAGACGACUAUAGUGGCUACACGGAGGAGGAACUAGCAUUUAUGCAACGCCUUCACCAGGACCGAAACACCCUCACAUCGGCUUCCCGAUUGGCUGAUCAGGUUAGUCAGAAGUUUCACGCGAUUUGUCGACUAAUUAAGCCGGAAGACGCCUUUCUGGGGGACGAUGAGGUUCAUCGGCCACAGUCUUCCAGUGUCGAUCACCACAGCGGACACUCGAGACCCGUCCGACCGCUGUCUUUACCCUCACCGAUUUUCGAUUCAACCUUGGACCCGCCUGCAGCCGUCGCAGUCACUUCCACGUUCUCCUCCUCCGUUGACCACUUCCACCCCUUUUCCGCACCGGCUUCGCUUUGUCCGCCGGCCAAUCACACUUUCGAGUCUUGCUGCCACAUGCACGCCUCACUUCCGGCUAACAAUGUUGAUGUCGUCCAGCUGCAACAGAAGAUCGCUCUGCUAGAGAGUCGGGUGGCCAAGCUGAUGCACGUCACACAGGCGCAGGGCAGCGUGCUACGAAGUCUCGCGGCGAAGAUUGGAGAACGACAACCGUAG